UCAGUCUUCACUCGCUUGCUCUCUUUUCCUUUCACUUGUUGCCCAUCGUGACCACCAGAACCACCAUGGCUACGUCAGAUACCCAGAAAGCAAUGGCUAUGCUCAUUGCAACCUUCCACAAAUACUCUGGAAAGGAGGGCGACAAAUUGACCCUGUCCAAAGGCGAGCUGAAGGAACUGCUCUCUGCAGAGUUGGGCGACAUCUUUGGGAAAACUACAGACAAGGCAGCUUUGGACAAGAUAUUCAAGGAUCUGGAUGCAAAUGCUGAUGGUUCUGUGGACUUUCAGGAGUACAUCACAUUGAUUGCCUGUAUCACAAUGCUUUGCAAUGAGUUUUUCACAGGAAAAAAAUAAGUGUCCUUACAGAAUAUAUUUGUCUGUAAAGAAAAAAAUGAAUAAAGAUUUUUAAUGUUUUGAA